AAGCAGUGAGCACGUGACUUUCGUCUGUUUGGGUAGGUGACCACGUGCCUAUUAAAAAAUGUGGGUAGGAAGAACUGAUAACCCCUCUCCUUCCCCGUAAACCCUAGUUCCUGCAUUUCCUGCCUUCCAUUAUUUGUAUCAGCUCGCCAGUCGCCACCUACUCUCAGCCGUUCCCCCCUUCUGUUUCUCACAAUGGCCGCCACCGCCGCCUCAUCCGCCGCUUCUGUCACCCCUUCCGUUUCGACGCCGUCCUCUUCUCUAAAACCCAAGGCUCCGGUGUCAAGCUCGCUCGGGUUCCUAUCCUCUUCAUCUCGGUCGCUGAAGCCCCUAAUCUCUCGGAUUGCCGCCCGGCCUUGCCCCAAUGGAAGAUCGUCGCUUUCGGUCACCAUGGUGUCGGCUCCUCCCGUCGCUCCCACGAUAUCUCUUGAUUUCCAGACAUCUGUUUUCAAGAAGGAGAAGGUCACUCUCGCCGGCCAUGAUGAGUACAUUGUGAGAGGAGGGAGGGAUUUGUUCCCCCUAUUGCCCGAUGCUUUCAAGGGAAUCAAGCAGAUUGGAGUUAUUGGAUGGGGAUCUCAGGUUCUCAUCUGGUUAUAUACUGGUUCAUCAACUUCCUUCUGUAUUGCGCCUGCUCAAGCUCAGAACCUGAAGGAUUCUCUUGCAGAGGCCAAAUCUAAUAUUGUUGUUAAGAUUGGUCUGAGGAAGGGUUCUCGCUCUUUUGCUGAGGCUCGUGCUGCUGGAUUCUCUGAAGAGGAUGGAACUCUAGGAGACAUGUGGGAAACCAUCUCUGGAAGCGAUCUUGUCAUGCUACUUAUUUCAGAUUCAGCUCAGGCUGAUAACUUUGAGAAGAUCUUCUCUCAUAUGAAGCCAAACAGCAUCCUUGGUCUUUCCCAUGGUUUUCUCUUGGGGCAUCUGCAGAGUUUGGGUAUUGAUUUCCCUAAAAAUAUCAGUGUUAUUGCUGUUUGCCCUAAAGGCAUGGGUCCUUCUGUGAGGAGACUCUACGUGCAGGGGAAAGAGAUAAAUGGAGCCGGUAUCAACUCCAGUUUUGCUGUUCACCAGGAUGUUGAUGGUAGAGCAACAGAUGUUGCCUUGGGUUGGUCCGUUGCUCUUGGCUCUCCUUUCACUUUUGCCACCACAUUGGAGCAGGAGUAUAAGAGUGAUAUUUUUGGGGAGCGCGGUAUACUGCUUGGUGCUGUUCAUGGUGCUGUUGAAUGCUUGUUUAGAAGAUACACAGAAAAUGGAAUGGAUGAGGAUUCGGCGUACAAGAACACUGUUGAGUGCAUAACUGGUAUUGUGUCAAGGACCAUCUCAACAAAGGGCAUGUUGUCAGUUUACAACUCCUUGUCUGAAGAUGAGAAGAAGGAGUUUGAGCUUGCUUAUAGCUCCUCUUACUACCCUUGCAUGGAUAUAUUGUACGAGUGCUAUGAGGAUGUAGCCAGUGGCAGUGAGAUCCGUAGCGUUGUUUUGGCUGGGCGUCGAUUCUAUGAGAAGGAAGGCCUCCCAGCUUUCCCAAUGGGCAAGAUCGAUCAAACUCGGAUGUGGAAGGUGGGGGAGCGUGUUCGUUCAACACGGCCAAAGGGAGACUUGGGACCAAUGCAUCCUUUCACUGCUGGUGUUUUCGUGGCAUUGAUGAUGGCUCAGAUUGAGGUGUUGAGGAAGAAGGGUCAUUCUUAUUCUGAGAUCAUUAAUGAAAGUCUGAUUGAGGCCGUGGAUUCCCUGAACCCUUUCAUGCAUGCUCGCGGAGUUUCCUUUAUGGUUGAUAACUGCUCCACCACAGCACGUCUGGGAUCAAGAAAAUGGGCCCCGCGAUUCGAUUACAUCCUCACACAACAGGCCUUCGUAGCUGUGGAUGCUGCUGGGGCUUCUGUGAACAAGGACCUCAUCAGCAACUUCCUAUCUGACCCGGUCCAUGGAGCUGUUGAAGUCUGUGCCCAGCUAAGACCAACCCUCGACAUUUCUGUGACUGCAGAUGCAGACUUCGUCCGCCCCGAGUUGCGUCAGUAGCUAUGCAGUCCCCAUUGGGCGUUUUGCUGUUAAGGAAUAAUCUUUAGGAGCCUCUAAGUAGCUUUUGUGACGUUUCUGUUCAAGUCAAUACUUUUUAUAUGUCGACUAUCUUUUCCCCUUCUCCGUUUUAACUUUCCUGUCUCGCUUUUAUGGUGCUUGUGAUGUGAGUUGUGAUUUCUAUAAAUGAGAGCUUCUUCAAUCUUAGUCUCACCCCGCCCAUUCUUGGUCUCUGAACCAAAUUUCCGGUUUGUGAUCAUCUCAAAAGUCAAUUAACAUACUUCACCGUCGGUCGAUAGAAGCUUCCCUCCGGCACUCUAUUCGCCGGCAACUUGGUUAAUAUCAGUCAG